AUGGACGGCAUCAGCCUGGCUAAACAAGAUGGCCCCAAAGGGGCGCCUAGCACUCUUCGGAUCUACGGCAAUGACGCUUACCAGGCAAAGUUCCGGCGAUCUCGAGCCAUCGAUGCCCCUCGUGCUCGAUAUACUGGAUUCAAGAAUGAGACCUUAACUCUUAAAUCGGGCACUAUUCGUCGUGAGGGUGCGCUCGCUCUCACUUGCGACAUUCUCUUCGAGCGCGAUGUUGCCGUCGCCCUUCGAGACGGAACCACCAUCUACGCCGACAUCUUUCGUCCCACAGGGGACAAGAAGGUCCCGGCAAUCGUUGCCUGGAGCCCUUAUGGCAAGCAGGUUGGCGGUCCAGCCCUUGACGAUAUUCCCCAUCGCUCGGGUGUUCCGCUCUCCGCCACCUCUGGCCUAGAAAAGUUCGAAGGACCGGACCCGGCCUACUGGGUUGCCCAAGGAUACGCCAUCCUCCAUCCCGAUUCUCGCGGUGCCUAUGCCUCGGAAGGGAACGCCACCUUCUGGGGUCGACAGCUCGCCGAGGAUGGAUACGAUUUCAUCGAGUGGGCUGCCAAACAGCCCUGGAGCUCUGGGAAGCUGGCCCUGUCUGGUAACUCAUGGCUGGCCAUCUCACAGUGGUACAUUGCUGCAGAGCGCCCACCUCACCUGACUGCCAUUGCCCCCUGGGAAGGGUUUACAGACCCCUUCCGGGACAUGGUGAACAGAGGCGGGAUCCCCAAUCCGGCGUUUACCGAGGCAGUGGUUACGACAUGCAUGGCGGGUAAUACUUUUGUCGAGGACAUGCCCCAAAUGUCCAUAGACCACCAAACAAUAAGCGAGUACUGGGAGGAUAAAGUUGCUCGUCUCGAUCGUAUCUCCGUUCCAGCGUACGUCGUCUCGAGCUACUCCAACCCGAUUCAUACCCGCGGUACAUUUACUGGAUUUCGAUCCAUCCGCUCGAAAGACAAAUGGCUCAGAAUCCAUAACACGUUUGAAUGGCCCGACUAUUACAACCCAGAGCACGUCCAAGACUUGAAGAAGUUCUUUGAUUACUAUCUGAAAGGGGAGAAGAAUGACUGGCAAACAACUCCCCGAGUAAGGCUGUCGAUCCUUGAUCCCGGACAUGCAGAUACUGUGAAUCGUCCUGUGGAGGAAUGGCCGGUUCCUGGGUAUCCUGUUGAAAAGUUCUACCUUCAUGCAGACAGAACCCUUUCCAAUAAACAUACGACAACAGGCAGUACCGUCUCAUACGAGGCGGAGACGGAGAACAGUCUUAUUACUUUCACACAUGUCUUCGAAAAGAAGACAGAGGUAGUGGGAUACAUGAAUCUUCAUCUGUGGGUUGAAGCCAUUGGCUCCGACGAUAUGGAGCUUCUGGCCUACGCUGAGAAGCGCGACAAGGACGGCAACGUGUUCCCGUUGCCAAGCGCGACUGGAGAAGUCCCCAGUACCGUCUCGGCAGUGGGACUCCUACGUGUCUCGCAUAGGGCAUUGGAUCCCGAGCUUUCAACAGAGCUUGAGCCCUACCUCACACACAAGAAGGAGCAACUACUGUCGCCGGGGCAGAUCGUCCGGGUAGAGGUUGGGUUGUGGCCGACGGCGUUACGGUUCCACCCUGGCGAGCAGCUCACGUUGACGGUCCGAGCGGCCCCCAAGACGUCUACCAAGUACGACAAGGGGUUUGGGGUUUCUAUAGUCCCCGUUCCAGCUCGCGGCGGAACAUUCAAGCCUGACGAGAAGGUCGAGAUUGUUGAGCUCGGAGGCGGGAUGGAUUCGCAGCCUGAGUUUGUCAACGCGCAGCGGGUUGAGACGCCGGCGAGCCGGAACAAGGGGACACACGUAUUUCAUCUUGGUGGUGAGUAUGAAAGUGUCUUGCUUGUGCCUCUGGCUGAAGUUUCGUAA